AUGUAUAGCCGAGGGCUAGGCCUUCGGAUGGCGAUUCUGAUCACCUGCCAGAUUGCAUUUGUCCUAUUCGGUUACAAUCAGGGUGUUUUCUCUGGAAUCAUCAACAAUGAAGACUUUCUGAGCAUCGUCAACCACCCCCGCGCGGGCAUGCUCGGAUUCCUAGUGUCUAUCUACAACCUUGGCUGCUUCUUCGGUACCUUCAUUGCGUUUAUGACUACAGACAGGCUUGGGUUUCAAAAGUCUAUGUGGUUUUCGAUGGUCUAUGUAGUGGUCGGUGGUACGGUCCAAACAUGCUCUUACUCCCUAACACAGUUACUCAUAUCCCGCUUCGUCAACGGCAUCGGCACUGGUAUUAUGUCGACAUUAGUGCCUGUCUACCAAGCGGAGCUAUGUGAGGCACGGAAACGGGGAAAAUUUGUGUGCAGCCUCCCGCUUGCCGUCGGAUUUGGGAUUGUCCUUGCCUAUUGGUUUGACUAUGGUAUGACCUUUGUUACAGGGUCAAUCAGUUGGCGAUUGCCUAUCGCUUGUCAGGAGAUAUUCGCCGUCCUUGUAGUUAUUCUGGUUGCUGGGCUCCCAGAAAGUCCUCGGUGGCUAUACAGGAAAGGUCGUAACGAAGAAGCACUGCAGGUUCUGUGUGAGGUGUAUGACCGGACACCUGAUCACCCGAAGGUGCUUGCUGAGUCCGAAGGAAUUCUACAAGCACUCGAGUUGGAAAGCGCGCGUGGAGAAUACAGAUGGUCCCAAAUAUUUCUCAAGAGAGAUGACUUGCAGACUGGUCGACGGGUUCUUAUGGCUUAUGGGCUCCAGUUCAUAAACCAAAUGGGCGGUACCAAUAUCAUAGUUUUCUACGUUACAACGGUCUUGCAGGACAACGUUGGCCUCACAGCAAAGAUGAGCUCGCUCGUUGGUGGCGUGAUUCAGAUUAUGUUUGUCAUCGGUUCUUUGUACCCUACUCUGUAUGCAGAUCGCCUUGGACGUCGAAACCCCAUGAUGUGGGGAUCAUUCGGCCUAGGCUUCUGCAUGUUGAUGCUUGCCAUCCUGUUUUCGUUUGAAGGAACAUCCCAGGCAAAGCCCACGGCGACAGCGGCCGUUGCGUUCUUCUUCCUGUUCAUGCUCAUCUUCGGAGCAUCCACCAAUUGCAUCCCAUGGCCAUACGGACCUGAACUCCUCCCUCUGCAUGCGCGGACCAAAGGACAAUCCAUCGGGGUCUCCGCGAACUGGCUAUGGAACUUCUUCGUGGCCAUGAUCACUCCCAUCCUGCUUGAAAAGCUGCGCUGGAAGACCUAUCUCAUCUUCAUGUGCCUUAAUUUCUCCUUCAUACCCCUCAUCUACUUCUUCUACCCUKAGACCGCCAAUCUAACCCUUGAAGAGAUCGACGGCCUGUUCCUCAGGGAUUCGCUCAAGGUCCACCACACCGACGAGGAAAGCCAGACCAAGGGCCAUUCCGAGGUUAUCGUCGAGAAGAUCGGCUAG